AUGUCUGCUUCCCGCGCCAAAUUGGCGGAGCUGCGCGCCCUUCGCGCCGCAGGAAAGAAACGCCUGUCGACAUAUGAAGUUGAGGAACAAGGCGACAUCUACGAGGAGGUUGACGAUGAAGGCUAUAAGAAGAUUAUCCGCAACCGGCUUGAUCAGGAUGACUUCGUGGUCGACGAUAAUGGAGAAGGUUAUGCAGACGACGGUCGCGAGGUGUGGAACGAGCGCACCGCAGACUAUGGCGACAGCGAGAGCGAGGACGACGGAUUACCUGCCCGGGGCAAGGCUGCGAAGAGAAAGCGUGAGGAGGAAAAGCAACGACAGGAGAAGAUCAAUAAUGGCAUCUCAAAGUAUUUCAGCAGUGGGGCUGCGCCCUCUGCUCCCAAGCCCAAGCCGGUCGCUACUGCAGAAGAUGACGCUUUCAUGGCCGAUCUGCUCGGAGAAGUCGAUACCAACGUGGUCCCGCAUCGUGUCCCUACGAGGAAUAUAGUCAAGACUGAGGCUCGUCGCAAAGUUCGCAUCUUGUCACCCCCGCUUGCCGAUAGAACACGCAGAGAGAAGCCGAUAAAGAGGGACGAAAACAGUGACCCUGUUUCGCCGGUCAAGGAUCAACCAGAGGUCAAUUUCGACGACGACGACGAUGGCGCGCUUCCUGGCAUGGAUGAUGACGACGUUCCCAUGAGUGACCCGAUGCCAUCGUCUCCCAUCAGCAAAGCGGUAGAGAGGAAGUCGACCACAACACCUGUCAAGGUCGAGGAGGUUGACGAUGAUGAUAAUGAUAUUAUGGAGAUUGCACAAGUCACUGGUCAGAACGAUGCUAAGGCGACCAGCGUCAACAUGGCCGGAAGCCGGCCUCCGCCCAAAUUCAAGAGGGAGAGCACUCCGCCUCUGGCUAGCUCCUCGCCUACAAAGCCAAUGCCAGAGGUGGACGCAUCUUGGAAUAACGUAAGGAGCAAGCUGAAUGUUCUCAGCAGCCCUGCUUCGUCGGAAAUGCGUAGCUUCGGUAAGCUUCGCGCCCAGGAUGUCGUCGAGGAUGACGGAAGUCUGCGCAUGUUCUGGCUGGACUUUACAGAAGUCAACGGCAGUCUUUGCCUGUUUGGAAAGGUGAAGAACAAGCAAAAUGGUUCUUACGCCAGUGCAUUUGUCAAGAUCGACAAUAUCCUACGCAAGCUCUAUUUCCUUCCUCGAGAGUAUCGGCACAAGAAUGGGCGAGACACGGAUGAAGAGGUAGACAUGGAAGAUGUCUAUCAUGAAGUCGACGGGAUGAUGUCCAGGCUGAAGGUAGGCAUGCAUAAGAUGAAGCCUUGCACACGCAAAUACGCUUUCGAAUUGCCUGGUGUCCCGAAAGAGACCGAAUACCUGAAGCUGUUUUAUCCUUAUGACAAAUCUCCGUUGCCAAUGGAUGUGAAGGGCGAGACCUUUUCGCAUGUAUUCGGCACAAACACAUCAUUGUUCGAGCAGUUUGUUCUCUGGAAAAACAUCAUGGGUCCUUGUUGGCUCAAGAUUGAAGAGGCCGAUUUCACUGCCGUCAACAAUGCAUCUUGGUGCAAAUUUGAAUGCCAAGCAGCGAAGCCAGCGCUUAUUUCUCCGGUACCUGACUCUGAGAAUCUGGAAGCGCCGCCUCUGACGCUCAUGAGUCUCUCCUUCCGGACCCAGCUCAACGUGAAAGAGAACAAGCAGGAGAUCCUCGUGGCGAGUGCAAGAGUAUAUGAAAAUGUCUCCCUCACGGACACCACUCCGCCUGAGAGGUUGCCCUGCAAGAGUUUCACGGUCAUGCGGCCUGCAGGCUCUUCAUACCCGAUGCACUUUGAAGCCGAAACGCGGAAGCAGAGGGGCACGUUCAUGCUGGAGAAGAGCGAACAGUUUCUGCUCAGCAAGUUCCUGGCGUUGUUCGAGAAGAUGGAUCCCGAUGUUCUGAUGGGACAUCAGCUUCAGGAGGUUGACCUCAGCAUUCUGCUCAGCAGAUUGAGGGAGAAGAAGACCCCUGGCUGGCAUCGCCUUGGACGGUUGAAGCGCGGCGACUGGCCCAAAAACUUUAACAGAGGUGGAGGUUUCUUCGCCGAGAGGCAUCUGAUUGCUGGAAGACUGAUGUGCGAUGUUGCUAAUGAUAUGGGCAAGUCUCUGAUGAUGAAAUGUCAAUCUUGGAGUUUGACGGAGAUGUGCGACCUCUACCUCGGAAAAGAGAAUUCCAGACAAGAACUGGAUUGCGAGGCAGCACUGAAGACAUGGGCUACUACCAAGGACGGCCUCAUGAACUUUGUCAAUCACUGUGAUGCGGAUACCUAUUUCAUUGCUGCGUUGGUGCUGCGGCUUCAGAUGCUGCCCUUGACCAAAGUACUCACGAAUAUUGCUGGUAACUCUUGGGCAAGAACGCUGAGUGGUACGCGUGCCGAGCGGAAUGAGUACAUUCUUCUACACGAAUUCCACCGUAACAAGUACAUCUGUCCCGACAAGUACUCCUCUAAGCUACUGAAAGCUGAAGAGAAGAUGCAAGAAGGUGAUGAUGAAGAUUCGGCCGAUAAGAAGAAGAAAGACAAGUACAAGGGUGGUCUUGUUUUUGAACCCGAAAAGGGUCUCUAUGACAAGUUCAUCCUAGUGAUGGACUUCAACAGUUUGUAUCCCAGUAUCAUCCAGGAGUACAACAUCUGCUUUACAACAGUGGAGCGGACAGCGACUGCGGAUAAUGACAAGGAAGAAAAGGUUCCCGAAGUUCCUACUUCCGAUCAGGAGCAGGGUAUUCUGCCUAAGCUUAUUGCUACUUUAGUCGGUCGUCGACGUGAAGUUAAGAAGCUGAUGAAGGACAAACGCGCCACUCCUGAGCAGCUUGCUCUGUGGGACACCAAACAGCUGGCCUUCAAGCUGACCGCUAACUCCAUGUACGGAUGCUUGGGAUACACGCAGAGUCGCUUCUACGCACGUCCCUUGGCCAUGCUCACCACAUUCAAGGGUCGUGAGAUUCUCAGAAGCACCAAGGAGCUGGCAGAGUCCAAACAGCUUAGAGUCAUCUACGGUGAUACUGACUCGGUCAUGAUCAACACGAACAUGGACACGAUCAGCGAUGCGCUAAAGGUCGGUGAUGAGUUCAAGAAAUCCGUAAACGAACGUUACCGGUUGCUGGAGAUCGACAUUGACAAUGUGUUCCGUCGUCUUCUUCUUCACGCCAAGAAGAAAUAUGCCGCCAUCAACAUGACCGAGGUCGAUGGCAAGUACGUGGAUAAGCUCGAAGUCAAGGGUCUGGACAUGAAGAGGCGUGAAUACUGCUCGUUGUCGAAGGAGGUCUCUCAGAAGCUGCUGAAUGAAGUUCUAUCCGGUGAGGAUCAGGAGGUUGUUCUCAACAGAGUUCAUGACUAUCUACGCGAGUUGGCUGAGAAGAUGCGCGAGUACUCCGUCCCUGUCCAAAAAUACGUCAUUUACACGAAACUUUCCAAGCGACCCGAGGAAUAUCCUAACAAGGAGUCUAUGCCCCCGGUACAGGUUGCCUUGCGCGAGCUUGCCCGGGGUAAAACGGUUCGCCCUAACGACGUCAUAUCGUAUGUUGUAACGAACGGAGAUGCCGAGACCUCGUCUCUCGCACCAGCCAAGCGGUCAUACACACCCCAGGAUGUGAUGAAGCCGGAUUCGGGACUCAAGCCUGAUAUCGAAUUCUACCUUCUCAAGCAGAUUUUCCCACCGAUCGAACGUCUCUGUGCCCCUAUUCCUGGCACUGAUGCCGUUCGACUAGCCGAGUGCUUGGGGCUUGAUGUCCGCAAGUACCAGAUCAACAGCUCCAGUGGGAGCAACCAACAGAAUGCCGAUAUCUUCCCGCUCGAGUCACAGAUUCCAGACUCUGUGCGGUUCGAGAACGCUACCCGGUUUACGCUUACCUGCCGGUUCUGCAAGGAGAAGUCGGUUUUCGAAGGACUCGCGCAGUCCACCCACAUGUGCACUGCCAAUGGUGUCGUUUGCCCCAACCAGGCUUGUCAGAAGACAUUCUCUGUCUUGACGAUUGUUGCCCAGUUAGAGUCACAAAUUCGUGCCCAGACAUCGAAGUACUAUGAGGGCUGGCUCGUUUGUGACGACACGGCCUGCGGCAACCGGACUAGACAGAUCAGCGUGUACGGACACCGGUGUCUUGGACCCCGGGGUCACGCCGAGGGCUGCCUUGGUCGGAUGACGUACGAGUACUCGGAGAAACAGAUGUAUAACCAAUUACUCUACUUCGCAGGACUUUGGGACGUGGACAAGGCUCGUAAAGCGGCAGAGAAGGAGCCCACUGGAGAAAAGAAGGACAGUGUGACGGCCCUGGCAGAGUUCAACCGCAUACGGUUUGGAACCAUCAAAGGCGUUGUGGACGCAUAUCUGAAGAAAUGCGGCCGGCAAUGGGUUGAAAUGGACAGUCUGUUCCGCUUCAUGCUGCCAUGA